GGAGUGUCAGGUUGCCCCUCCUCUUUGCUGUAGUAUAAAAUCAAACUCCUGUCAAUGAGCCAGAGACUGUCUCACUCAUACCACAUUGUAGGUACGCAGUGAGAGACAAGUGUUCUUCAAUUUCCCGGCGAAAUCUAAAACAAAUCCAAAGCAAAAUGCGUGAAUGUAUCUCUGUCCACGUUGGCCAGGCUGGCGUCCAGAUGGGCAACACCUGUUGGGAGCUGUACUGUCUGGAACACGGUAUCCAGCCCGAUGGCCAGAUGCCCUGCCACAAACCAGUGGGUGGCCAUGAUGACUCGUUCACCACCUUCUUCAGUGAUACUGGAGCUGGCAAAUACGUACCACGUGCCAUCUUUGUAGACCUUGAACCAACGGUCAUUGACGAAGUCCGCACAGGCACCUAUCGCCAACUGUUUCAUCCUGAGCAGCUCAUCUCAGGCAAAGAGGAUGCAGCGAAUAACUAUGCCCGUGGGCACUACACCAUUGGCAAGGAGAUCAUUGACUCGGUGCUGGACCGCAUACGCAAACUGGCUGACCAAUGCACAGGGCUGCAAGGUUUCCUGGUCUUCCACAGUUUCGGUGGAGGCACAGGCUCAGGUUUCACCUCCCUUCUGAUGGAGCGUCUCUCAGUUGACUUCGGAAAGAAGUCCAAGCUAGAGUUCGCCAUUUACCCAGCUCCCCAGGUGUCUACGGCUGUGGUGGAGCCAUACAACUCCAUCCUGACCACCCACACCACCCUCGAGCACUCCGACUGUGCCUUCAUGGUGGACAACGAGGCCAUCUAUGAUAUCUGCAGGAGGAACCUGGAUAUCGAGCGCCCGUCGUACACCAACCUCAACCGGCUCAUCAGUCAGAUCGUUUCCUCCAUCACCGCCUCUCUGCGCUUCGACGGCGCCUUGAACGUCGACCUCACGGAGUUCCAGACCAACUUGGUCCCCUACCCUCGUAUCCACUUCCCGCUCGCCACCUAUGCUCCGGUAAUCUCCGCCGAGAAGGCCUACCAUGAGCAGCUCUCUGUGGCUGAGAUCACCAACUCGUGUUUCGAGCCCUGCAACCAGAUGGUGAAGUGCGAUCCACGCCAUGGAAAAUACAUGGCCUGCUGUUUGCUGUACAGGGGAGACGUGGUUCCAAAAGACGUCAACGUGGCCAUCGCCGCCAUCAAGACCAAGAGAAGCAUCCAGUUUGUGGACUGGUGUCCCACUGGCUUCAAGGUGGGCAUCAACUACCAGCCCCCAACUGUGGUUCCCGGUGGAGAUUUAGCCAAAGUGCAAAGAGCAGUGUGCAUGCUUAGCAACACCACUGCCAUUGCCGAAGCUUGGGCUCGUCUGGACCACAAAUUUGAUCUGAUGUAUGCCAAGAGAGCCUUUGUGCACUGGUAUGUGGGCGAGGGAAUGGAAGAGGGAGAGUUUUCUGAGGCCAGAGAAGAUAUGGCGGCUCUGGAGAAGGACUACGAAGAAGUGGGCAUUGAUUCAUUCGAGGAAGAUGAGGAGGGUGAAGAGUACUAAAAUGUAAAAGUGUUGUUUAUUUUUCUACCAGAAAAAUUAAAUAAAAUCUAGCUUAAAUGA